AUGAGAGGGGUGAUAUGGCGCUCCAAGACAGCAGUCAGCGGCAUGCCCCUAGCAGUGGCGGCGGAGGGUUUCCUCAGCAAAGGCUCCCACAACUGGUUGUGGAAGUUCUUGACCGUUUUGGAUACGGUAUUGGCCAAAUCAGGCCUCUCUGAUGUUGAUUUUCUUCUUCCACUGAUGGACGAGGUUAUGGAGCCUCGACCCAAGACUUCCAAGGUGAACGUGGUACCUUUGGAUGUCGAUGAAGUCCUGGUGGGACGAUAUCGAUCAGUUGUGCAUGCACUAGUGCGCGCCGGCGAUGAUGAAGAUUGGCGUCCUCGGUGGCACGGACAGAAGGUUUGGCACACUUGUCAGCUCCUGCAAGGAAUGGUCAUCUUCUACUCCUUUGUCGGUAUUCCAGAAAGCAUGCCUCCGCACGGCCUUUCAGCGAUGAAACAAAAAUUCAUGGCCAACUAUCCAUCGGAGUUGAUCCAUGCAGACCUUUUUCCAUCGACCAGAUUAGUGAGCUUGGUUCAUGACCAGCUCUCCAAGAAGGUUUGGAAAUGGGUGCCAUGGAAGUAUCGCAUCUCGCUCACCAGGUCAGAGGAGAUUUCUAGCAAUCGAGCUCAGAAGAUGCCAAAAAUUGACCACCUGGGGUUACACUCCUUAUUAUUUGAUGAUCCUCCCUCCAUCGACGUGUCCAACAACGCCAUGGGGGUGAACUCGAUUCGCAAUAUGCUCGAGGUUCAUGAUCGUGCCAUUGCCUUGUGCCAAGGCGCUCACCUCGCCAAUCUCAAGGCCUAUACCCACAAAUUCAUCGGGUUUUUGACCGCCAAGUAUGAUGGAGACUUACGUAACCCCAGUGUAUUGGAGGCUCAACAUGCAGACCAAAAAAUUUGGACGGUCAUUGCCGAGCUCAUGGAACGAGGCAAAGGCCAAGGGAAGUCAAAGGGCAAGCAGAAUUCCGGGAAGUCCAAGGGCAAGGUCCAAUGGCUCACGGAGAUUCAACGGGAUGGUGGUUUCAAGCAACUCUGCAUGCGAUAUCAGGUGGGCAAGUGUCAGACUCCCAACUGUUUCACCAUGCAUGAUCCAUUCAAUGAGAUUGACUCCGUGGAGACUCUCCCAGUGCAUGAAGUGGACCCAGUUCAAGACUUUGCCCCACCUAGUGAUAGUUUUACCCGGGGCCGUUUGUCCCAACCCGAGCAGGUUGGUUAUGGAGCGGCCAGCCCUUCCUGCUGUGAAUAUAGCAGACUCAAACUUCGAAAUGAUGACGGUCCCAAGGCUCUACGAUCACCAGAGCACUUGUCCGGUCUGCCCAAUCUCACACCCUGGGAACUGCAACGUGUACAAGAGAGCUUUAUGAUGCUCUCUCGCUGUGUCGAGGUCCUCAUGCUCUCUCGCUGUGUCGAGGUCCUCACCCUGGUUUUUCAAGCAGGCGGGCACGUCCAUCUUGAACAACCCUUGAACGCCAUGUCAUGGUUAGAGAAGGUAGUACGCCAAUUUCUGCAAUUGAUUGGGGCUUCCUGUAUCAACGUGGCAGCUUGCGCCUAUGAGAUGGAUGUUUACAAAGCCUGGAUGUUUGCCUCGAGUUUUACAGGUCUUCGACCAUUAGGUCUCCGAGACGAUUCUGGUGCUUUUGCCAGUCGGGCGACGGCACAAUACCCACAGAAACUGGCACAAUUAUUUGCCAACCUCGUGGCCCCAUUACUGGACACAUCAGCGUUGGACCUACAAUGGUCAUCUUUGGAUGCCCUCAUGCCAACCAAGAUCAUCUCUGAGCGAUUGGAUAAGAUCCUACUUGCGCAUGUGGCGUCGGGCAACCCUUCACCUCCUUUUUCGAUGGAAACUCUGACUCCAUUCAAGGAUGAUCUGGAGAAAUUCUUGGAGGCACAUGGACAUACACCAGAUUGGUCAGUUCGACAACAUCAACCAAUACAUCUUCAUAUUUUACAUUCUUUACAAAAGAUUAUGCAUGACGUCGAUUUUACAUUAUUACCCAGUUUAUUGGAAGGUGUUCGAACUGGUUUUUCCGAGGCAAUUCCUCCGUCGGGUAUUUUUCCACCCAAAGAACGUACGGAUAUAGAACCCGAUCCAUUGUCAGCUCACCUCUCCAACUGGCAGAGUGCUGAAGAAGAUCUACCAUUAACCCGAGAACUGGUUCAGGAAGAAAUUGACAAGGGAUGGGUUUUUUCAUAUCAAGGUUCUUUGGAAGAAGCACAACAAGAAUAUCCGGCCGGAGUUGCUAUUGGAAAAUUGGGAGUGGCUCGCUCUGAUAGUCGAGCCCCCCGAUUAGUUGUAGACUCCAGCGUAUGCGGCCUCAACGGUCGGUGUAUCAUACCGGAGAGGUCCACCCUCCCGACUGCCAAGGAGGUGUUACGUAGCUACCCUCUACGUCAGUGUCAGAGGAAUCUAAUGGGAUUUUCUUUAGACGUUAAGGCUGCUCAUAAAAGAAUAGUUCUACAUCCGGACGAAUGCGGAUUGGUAGGCUUUUCGUUAGAAGGACAGCUCUUCUUCUAUAGAGUUACCCCAUUUGGUGCAGUUUUCUCUGCCUUUUGGUGGGCGAGAUUGGGUGGACUCCUUCUCCGUAUAUUUCACCAUUUGAUCUGGUUGAGUCACACGGGAUUUCUAUAUGUGGAUGACUUCUUAUUCUUUAUGGAAGCCAACAUGAUGCCGCUGUCAGCCACAUUGUUGUGUAUUUUUUGCCAGCUUUUGGAAAUUCCUAUCAGCUGGAAGAAGACGGCCAUGCACUCUUCCAUUGACUAUAUUGGCUGGAAAUUCAAUUUCAAUGCAGGUAUCGUGACAAUCCCCAUUGAAAAGAUCCUCAAACUCCGAGGAUACAUCGAACAUCUUAUUUCCCAGCCACGAACUACUCGCAAGUCUUUGGAGAAACUUAUUGGCCUGGCAAUGUGGAUUACUCAAUUAUUUCCCCUCAUGCGGAUCUGGAUCCACUAUUGGUACCACGACCUCUACACCAUCCCGGCGACACAUUUCAGUAUUGAUGCUGGUACAUGGCCUCGCAUUCAUCAAUAUUUAACACCUAAUUUGACUUUUCAUACAGCACCUUUGGGCUCCGCUAUACCUAUUUCAGGCAAGCUUAUUGCAGUUCGACAUCAAGCGGUAUCCUCAUUGGCGGAUCUGACAUUGUUACAUAUCAAAACGGAUAACAGGAUUUGGCUCAGGAUUAUCAAUCCGAAUUCCUCCAAACGCAAGCUUCGUCCUGAUUCUCUUCGCAUUUUGAAGUUAUUUGAACAUUGGCUGAUGGGUGUUUCUCCAUCUCGACCAAUGAGAGCGAAGCCAUAUUGGAAUGGCGUUGCGGCAGCCGAUGCAUGUGCAUCGGGUUCCUAUUGCCAAAUUGGAGGUUUCAUCCGUCAUCCUUCAGGAGUUCAAUUUUGGUUUUCUGAGAAAUUUUCCCAUGCUGAUUUUGACACUUUGUCAAUUCAUUUAGACCCAAAUAUGCAACGAAGCAUUGCUUCUUUUGAAACUUUAGCCCAAAUUGCUUUAGUUUGGCUGGUGGCCACAUCUUGGUUUUCGUAUUCCGAUUUGUGUGAAAUCCCUGAGCGACAAUACGGGAGCAGAGAGCGUGAGCAACAAAUUAUUCACUACGACUCAUCCUCUAUGUCUCUUUGUCGAAAUCCUCACGUGCCUGGCUUCGACAACUGGUAUUGA